CCGGUCGGGCGCGCCCCGUGUGGAGAAGCCCCGGGCGGGGCGGGCGCUUCGCGGACUUUUGUCCGAGUUGAGUCCCCUCCCCCUGGGCCGGGCCUUUCCGGCCGCCCCCGCCCCGCUCGCCCCGCUCGCCCCGCUCGCUCCCGGGAGAUGUUUAUUUGGGCCGUGGCGUGAGGAGCGGCCGGGCGGGCGGGCGGCGCGCGGAGUUUCGGGUCCGAGGAGCCUCGCGCGGCGCUGGAGAGAGACAAGAUGUCCGCCAGGGCCGCGGCCGCCAAGAGCACAGCAAUGGAGGAAACAGCUAUAUGGGAACAACACACAGUGACACUUCACAGGGCUCCUGGAUUUGGAUUUGGAAUUGCAAUAUCUGGUGGAAGAGAUAACCCUCAUUUUCAGAGUGGGGAAACCUCCAUUGUAAUUUCAGAUGUGCUCAAAGGAGGACCAGCGGAAGGACAGCUGCAGGAAAAUGACCGAGUUGCAAUGGUUAAUGGAGUUUCGAUGGAUAAUGUUGAACAUGCUUUUGCUGUUCAGCAACUAAGGAAAAGUGGGAAAAAUGCAAAAAUUACUAUUCGAAGAAAGAAGAAAGUUCAGAUACCUGUAAGUCGUCCUGAACCAGAGCCAGUAUCUGAUAAUGAAGAAGAUAGUUACGAGGAGGAGGAAGCACACGACCCUCGAGGUGGUCGCGGUGCCCUGGGUAACAGGAGGAGUGAGAAGAGUUGGGCAAGAGAUAGGAGUGCAAGCAGAGAGAGGAGCUUGUCUCCACGGUCAGAUAGGCGCUCCGUGGCCUCCAGUCAACCUGCCAAACCCACCAAAGUCACAUUGGUGAAAUCCCGAAAAAAUGAAGAAUAUGGUCUUCGAUUGGCCAGCCAUAUAUUUGUAAAGGAAAUUUCACAAGACAGUUUGGCAGCGAGAGAUGGCAAUAUCCAAGAAGGCGAUGUUGUAUUGAAGAUAAAUGGUACUGUGACAGAAAAUAUGUCACUGACAGAUGCAAAGACAUUGAUAGAAAGGUCUAAAGGCAAGUUAAAAAUGGUAGUUCAGAGAGAUGACCGGGCUACCCUAUUGAACGUCCCUGACCUUUCUGACAGUAUUCAUUCUGCUAAUGCCUCUGAGAGAGAUGACAUUUCAGAAAUUCAGUCACUAGCAUCAGAUCAUUCUGGUCGCUCACAUGACAGACCUCCACGCCGCAGCCGGUCUCGCUCUCCUGAUCAGCGAUCAGAGCCCUCUGAUCAUUCCAGACACUCUCCCCAGCAGCCCAGCAGUGGCAGCCUCCGGAGCAGAGAGGAAGAGAGAAUUUCUAAACCUGGCGCUCUCUCAACUCCAGUAAAGCAUGUAAAUGAUCACACACCCAAAGCUGUGGAAGAAGUUACAGUUGAAAGAAAUGAGAAGCAAACACCUACUCUCCCAGAACCAAAGCCUGUGUAUGCCCAAGUUGGACAACCAGAUGUGGAUUUGCCUGUCAGUCCUGCUGAUGGUGUCCUGCCUAAUUCAACCCAUGAAGAUGGUAUUCUUCGGCCCAGCAUGAAAUUGGUAAAAUUCAGAAAAGGAGAUAGUGUGGGUUUGCGGCUAGCUGGAGGCAAUGAUGUUGGGAUAUUUGUAGCUGGUGUUCUAGAAGAUAGCCCUGCAGCGAAAGAAGGCUUAGAAGAAGGCGAUCAAAUCCUCAGGGUAAAUAAUGUAGAUUUCACCAAUAUCAUACGAGAAGAAGCUGUUCUUUUCCUCCUUGACCUCCCUAAAGGUGAAGAAGUGACCAUACUGGCUCAGAAGAAGAAAGAUGUUUAUCGUCGAAUUGUGGAAUCAGAUGUAGGAGAUUCUUUCUAUAUUAGAACCCAUUUUGAAUAUGAAAAGGAAUCUCCCUACGGGCUUAGUUUUAACAAAGGAGAGGUGUUCCGUGUCGUGGAUACUUUGUACAAUGGAAAACUGGGCUCGUGGCUUGCCAUUCGAAUUGGCAAAAAUCAUAAGGAAGUGGAACGAGGAAUCAUCCCCAAUAAGAACAGAGCUGAGCAGUUAGCCAGUGUACAGUACACACUUCCAAAAACAGCAGGAGGAGACCGUGCAGACUUUUGGAGAUUCCGAGGUCUUCGCAGCUCCAAGAGAAAUCUUCGGAAAAGCAGAGAGGACUUGUCAGCUCAGCCAGUUCAAACCAAGUUUCCUGCUUAUGAAAGGGUUGUUCUCCGAGAAGCUGGAUUCUUGAGGCCUGUAACCAUCUUUGGACCAAUAGCGGAUGUUGCCAGAGAAAAAUUGGCAAGAGAAGAACCAGAUAUUUAUCAGAUUGCAAAGAGUGAACCACGAGAUGCUGGAACUGACCAACGUAGCUCUGGUAUUAUUCGCCUUCAUACAAUCAAGCAAAUAAUAGAUCAAGACAAACAUGCUUUGUUAGAUGUAACACCAAAUGCAGUUGAUCGUCUAAAUUAUGCCCAGUGGUAUCCAAUUGUUGUAUUCCUUAACCCGGAUUCUAAGCAAGGUGUGAAAACAAUGAGAAUGAGGUUAUGUCCAGAAUCUCGGAAAAGUGCUAGGAAACUAUACGAACGAUCUCAUAAACUUCGCAAAAAUAAUCACCACCUUUUUACAACUACAAUUAAUUUAAAUUCAAUGAAUGAUGGUUGGUAUGGUGCAUUGAAAGAAGCAGUUCAACAACAACAGAACCAGCUGGUGUGGGUUUCAGAGGGAAAGGCGGAUGGUGCUACAAGUGAUGACCUUGAUUUGCAUGAUGAUCGUCUGUCCUACCUGUCAGCCCCAGGUAGUGAGUACUCAAUGUAUAGCACGGACAGUAGACACACUUCUGACUAUGAAGACACAGAUACAGAAGGCGGGGCCUACACUGAUCAAGAACUAGAUGAAACUCUUAAUGAUGAGGUGGGGACUCCACCGGAGUCUGCCAUUACACGGUCCUCUGAGCCUGUAAGAGAGGACUCCUCUGGAAUGCAUCAUGAAAACCAAACAUAUCCUCCUUACCCACCACAAGCGCAGCCACAACCUAUUCAUAGAAUAGACUCCCCUGGAUUUAAGACAGCCUCUCAACAGAAAGCAGAAGCCUCAUCUCCAGUCCCUUACCUUUCGCCUGAAACAAACCCAGCAUCAUCAACCUCUGCAGUUAAUCCCACUGUAAAUUUAACUAAUGUCAGACGGGAGGAGCCCACCCCAGCUCCUUCUACCUGUCACUCACCACAAGCUGAUUCUUUAAGAACACCAAGUGCUGAGGCAGCUCACAUAAUGCUAAGGGAUCAAGAAGCAUCACUGCCGUCGCAUGUAGACCCAGCAAAGGUGUAUAGGAAGGAUCCGUAUCCUGAGGAAAUGAUGAGACCGAACCAUGUUUUGAAGCAACCAGCUGUUGGCCACCCAGGCCAGAGGCCAGACAAAGAGGCAAAUCUGACCUAUGAACCCCAACUUCCAUACUUGGAGAAGCAAACCAGCAGAGACCUUGAGCAGCCCACAUACAGAUAUGACUCCUCAAACUAUACGGACCAGUUCUCUCGAAACUAUGACCAUCGCCUGCGAUAUGAAGAGCAGGUCCCUCCUUAUGAAGAACAGUGGUCUUACUAUGACGACAGACAGUCCGCUCCGCCUCGGCCCCCUUUCGAUAGUCAGCCGCCUCGAGACCUGGACUCCAGACAGCUUCCGGCAGAGCCCUCAGAACGAGGCUAUUUCCCACGUUUUGAAGAGCCAGCCCCUCUGUCUUAUGACAGUAGACCACGCUAUGAACCACCUCCACCUAGAACCUCCACCCUACGACGUGAAGAGCAGCCAGCCCCCGGAUAUGAUGUGCACAGCAGAUAUAGACCCGAAGCCCAGUCCUACUCAUCUGCUCCUAAGUCUUCAGAACCCAAGCCGUAUUUUGACCAGUACUCACGAAAUUAUGAGCAAGUACCAUCCCAAGGAUUUCCUUCCAAAGCAGGCCUUUAUGAGCCUCUCCAUGGUGCUGCGGUUGUCCCUCCUCUGCUCCCUUCCUCCCAACAUAAGCCGGAACCCCUUCCUGCAACUACCAAACCAUUGCCCCCACCCCCCGCCCUAACCGAAGAGGAAGAGGAUCCAGCGAUGAAACCACAGUCCGUGCUUACCAGAGUUAAAAUGUUUGAGAACAAAAGAUCCGCAUCCUUGGACAACAAGAGGGAUGGGACUGAUGUUGGCAGCUUUAAGCCUCCAGAAGUAGCAUCGAAACCCCCAGGUGCUUCCAUCACUGCCCCUAAAUCCACAUCUCAGAAUCAGUUCAGUGAACAUGACAAAACUCUCUACAGGAUCCCAGAACCUCAAAAACCUCAGGCAAAGCCUCCUGAAGAUAUUGUUCGGUCAAAUCAUUAUGAUCCUGAGGAAGAUGAAGAAUAUUACCGAAAGCAGCUCUCAUACUUUGACCGAAGAAGUUUUGAGAACAAGCCGCCUGCACACAUUCCUGCCAGUCACCUCCCAGAGCCUGCCAAACCCGGUCAUUCUCAGAAUCAACCAAACUUUUCUAGUUAUUCUUCAAAGGGAAAAGCUGAAACUGAUGCUGUAGAUAGAACGUUUGUGGAGAAACGCUAUGAGCCCAUGCAGGCCUCACCACCCCCUCCCCCGCUGCCCUCCCAGUACUCGCAGCCAGCCCCGCCCGCCACCGCCUCAGCCCUCCACGUGCAUCCCAAGGGCACUCACGGUGAAGGUAAUUCGCUGGACUUUCAGAAUUCCUUAGUGUCGAAACCAGACCCACCUCCAUCUCAGAGUAAGCCAGCAACAUUCAGACCACCUCACCGAGAAGACACUGCUCAGACUACCUUCUAUCCCCCCAAAAGUUUCCCAGAGAAAGCUCCUGUAAAUGGAGUUGAACAUACUCAGAAAACGGUCACCCCCGCAUAUAAUCGGUUCACACCUAAACCAUACACAAGCUCUGCCCGGCCAUUUGAGCGCAAGUUUGAAAGUCCAAAAUUCAACCACAAUCUUCUGCCCAGUGAAACUGCAUAUAAGCCCGACUUGUCUUCAAAAACGCCCGCUUCUCCAAAAACUCUCAUCAAAGCCCACAACUCAUCACAGCCUCCUGAGUUUGACAGUGGAGUUGAAACGUUCUCCAUCCAUGCAGAUAAACCAAAAUAUCAAAUAAAUAACAUCAGCACGGCGUCUAAAGCUGUUCCUGUGAGUCCUUCAGCUGUAGAAGAAGAUGAUGAGGAUGGGCACACGGUAGUGGCCACAGCCAGAGGCAUUUUUAACAGCAACGGAGGGGUGCUGAGCUCCAUAGAAACUGGCGUUAGCAUCAUCAUCCCACAAGGGGCCAUUCCUGAAGGAAUUGAACAGGAAAUCUACUUCAAGGUCUGCCGAGACAACAGCAUCCUCCCACCUCUAGAUAAAGAGAAAGGCGAGACGCUGCUGAGCCCCCUAGUGAUGUGCGGGCCCCAUGGCCUCAAGUUCCUGAAACCCGUGGAGCUGCGCUUACCACACUGUGCGUCCAUGACUCCUGACGGUUGGUCUUUUGCUCUAAAAUCAUCCGACUCCUCGUCGGGUGAUCCUAAAACGUGGCAAAACAAAUGUCUUCCUGGAGAUCCAAAUUAUCUUGUGGGCGCAAACUGUGUAUCUGUCCUGAUUGACCACUUUUAAUUCUUAAAAUAUAGGAACUUGAUUAAAUAAUGUGAAGCUGGGUUGAACUUACUAAAUCUAAAUGGAACCACUCUAUUAAGUAUUAUACUUUCCUUAGGAUUGAUACUACAUUUUGUUAGUAUUAAGAAGCAUUUGUUGAAACUGAUGAAGAUUAGUAAGUGUGCCCCAAACCAUGGUCAGAAAACGUGCUACAAAAUGGCACAUUGGCGAUGGAGGAGCUGUUGGUAUUGGCUAGAGGUUCAAAGAUAUUUUACUUUAUAAUGGCUUUUGUACUUUUUUAUGGUCACUGCUUAACUUUACAUACUGAUUUCCGUUAAAAUGCCAGCCAGUAAAUAGGGGUGCAUCCGGGUUCUAUUCUUUCCCAAGUACAUGGUUUCCAGCUGUAUUAUGACCCUGACCUCGCAUACACAUCUUACUAUGGUAUGCAUGAGAUAGUAUGCACACAUUUUUAAAGCGCACCUGGAAUAUACAACCACUGUAGAGGAUUUAGCCGACAUGUACAGCAGGGGAAUUUAUAACUUUGGGGGGAAUCAAAUGAAGACAAUUACUUAAUGUGUAUGAAGACACAUUUCUCUUAGGGAAGGACACCAAAGCAUGUGAGAUUGGUUCCAUAAGCUAACCACAUCACCGCAGACGCUACGCAGCAGGAAUGCCUUACCCUCCUGUUCUUAAUUCCUAGAUCAUUCUCGCUAUGUGUUACCAAGUUUUGAUGGCUUUGUGCAUAUCUAGAUACUGUAUCAUGAAAACAAUUGAGUGAAUCGUGGACUAAGUGGCUGUGGGAAAUGUGUGAUCACCCAGAAGAAAAUAAUGGUGUGAUUUGGGUUGGGGGGGGGGUCUCUUUUCUUUCUUUCCUCCCAUCCUCCUUUUCUUCCUUUUUUUUUUUUUUUUGAUAUGGGGCAGUGGUUUUCUUUUCGGCCAUGCAUUUGAAUAUUUCAAUGUUUUAAGGAUGCUUGUACAUAAUGCGUGCAUACCACUUUUGUUCUUGGUUUGUAAAUUAACUUUUAUAAACUUUACCUUUUUUAUACAUAAAACCAACUUUCUAAAGGCUACCUUUGUAUUUUCUCCUGUACCUCUUGAGCCUUGAACUUUGACCUCUGCAGCAAUAAAGCAGCAUUUCUAUGACGCACGUCAUUUUUUUAAGAAAAAGAAUGCACAGAGUUGUUACAUUUUUAAGUGCUGCAUUUAAAAGAGACAGUUACUCAGAAUUCUCUAGUUUGAUUAAAUUCUUGCAAAGUAUCCCUACUGUAAUUUGUGAUACAAUGCUGUGCCCUAAAGUGUAUUUUUUUACUAAUAGACAAUUUAUUAUGGCACAUCAGCACGAUUUCUGUUUAGAUAAUACACCACUACAUUCUGUUAAUCAUUAGGUGUGACUGAAUUUUCUUUUGCGGUUAUUAAAAAUCUCAAAUUUCUAAAUCUGCAGAAUAAAACUUUUUAAAAUAA